GUACAACCCAUGGCAGUGCAGCAUGGAAACCCGCUGCCUCUGCCCCACUUCCUCAUCCCGGGGCUGCGUUUCACUGAUCUGAGUGAGGCCACUUCCUGCCAGGUUUGCGACAUGGGCGGUGGGGAAGGCAGAAAUACAGGCAGAAGGGAGCUAGAGAGAGGCCAAGCAGGACCACAAGGAAGGACAAGGAGAGGGGUGAGACCCACAACGCAGCCGAGGACGCCGCGCCCUGCACCACCACGCCAUGUCCCUGGUGGAGACGAUCCGGCUGUGGCAAGAAGGGGUGUGUGCAGCAGACAGGAAGGAGUGGAGGGCAGCCCUGGAUGCCUUCACAGCUGUCCAGAACCCCCCUGCCAAAAUCUGCUUCAACAUCGGCUGCGUCCACCUUGUCCUGGGGCAGUUGGCCGAGGCGGAGGAGGCAUUCACCCGGAGCAUUGGCUGUGACAAACACCUGGCAGUGGCUUAUUUCCAGCGGGGGACCGUGUUUUACCGGAGGCAGAAGUGAGUGGAAGGGUUUAUAUUUCAUUUUUGCUGCUUGCAGAGAUGCCAGCCUUCAGCUGAGGACAGCCCCAGGCAGGAUGAUACCCCAGGGGCCAAACUGCAACCCCUCGAGCCAUGAAAAGGCCAUUGAGGAUUUCAAAGAGGCUCUGGCCCAGCUGCGAGGCAACCAGCUCAUUGACUACAAGAUCCUGGGAUUGCGGUACAGGCUCUUUGCUUGUGAGAUACUCUACAACAUUGCACUGGUGUAUGCCACGACAGAGGACUGGAAGAAAGCUGAGGAGCACGUGACACGGGCCAUGAGCAUGAAGAGUGAGCUCCAGCAUAACAAGAUUGACAGGGCAAUGGAAGCCAUCCUGAAGCAGAAGAUCUGUGAGCUGGUGGCCAUGCCUGCAGGGAAGCUGUUUAGACCAAACGAAAAGCAAGUGGCCCAACUGGAGAAGAAGGACUACCUGGGAAAGGCUAUGGUGGUGGCAUCUGUGGUGGACAAAGAUGAUUUUUCAGGAUUUGCUCCACUCCAACCACAGGCCUCUGGUCCUCCACCCAGGCCCAAGACCCCAGAAAUCCUCAGGGCCCUCGAAGGGCAGCCACACCGCGUCCUAUAUGAGUUCAUCCCUGAGACUGCCGAGGAGCUGCAGGUCCUGCCAGGAAACAUUGUCUUUGUCCUGAAGAAAGAGAAGGACAACUGGGCUACGGUGAUGUUCAACGGAAAGAAAGGGAUUGUUCCCUGCAACUACCUUGAGCCUGUGGAGCUCCAGAACAAGCUGCAUAUCCAGGAAGAAACUCCUCUUGAAGCAGAGAUCCCAGAGUCACCCAGCUCCACUGCUCCAGAGAAACCACGGCGGCCGGCACCAGGUAGUGCUCCUGUUACUGUGACACAGACAAGAGAUGCAGCAAAGGAGACAGAAGCGGCCAUCUCCAGCCCCCACAUCCUCAAAGUGCAUUACAAGUACACAGUUGCCCUGCGAGUUGAGCCAGACCUCUCCUACAUGGAGCUCCUGGACCUGGUUUGCAAGAAACUGGAGCUCCAGCCUGAGCACACACAGCUGAGGUGCAAGCCUGUGGAGACCCAAGCGCUGGUGACUCUGAGCACAGAGAACCUGGAGGCAGCUUGGAGCCAGAGCAAGGACAACUGUCUGACAGUCUGGUGUGACAUCACGGAGGGAGAGGGUUUUUUACCAGAGAGCAAACCAGAGGAACUGUUGCAGGAGGCAACACCAGAGGAGACGGGACCAACCCAAGUUGUAGCGCAGUACAAUUACGAAGCCACCCAACCUGAAGACCUGGAGUUUCAGGCAGGAGAUGUGAUACUUGUCCUAUCCAAAGUGAAUGGAGACUGGUUAGAAGGCCAGUGCAAUGGGAAGAUAGGUAUCUUCCCAUCCGCUUUCGUUCAAAAGUAAAAACCUGGAGAUGUGAUUUCAGAAGAGCUUAAAGUCAUGGAUGUGGAAAGAAAUCAAGAAUUCAACCACUGCAAUUAAGAAGUUUCCAUAUUAACCACUGCACCUGAAAAUGAACUUUAAAUAUUACUGCUACUUGUAUUAAAAGCUGUAUUUUUUUAUUUUAUAUUUUGCAUUGUUCUCUAAAACAGGUACUUACUAAAA